UCCAGAUCUGAGCAUUGAUGCCAUGGAUGUGGCUGGGGAGCAGCAGCUGGAUGUGGAACACAACCUGUUCAAGCAACGGCUGGAUAAGGAUGGCAUCCCCGUGAGCUCAGAGGCAGAGCGUCAUGAGCUUGGGAAAGUCGAGGUAAAGGUGUUUGACCCUGACUCCCUGGACCCUGAUCGCUGUGAGAGCUGCUAUGGUGCCGAGACUGAAGACAUCAAGUGCUGUAACACCUGUGAGGAUGUGCGGGAGGCUUAUCGCCGUCGGGGCUGGGCCUUCAAGAACCCAGACACUAUCGAGCAGUGCCGGCGAGAAGGCUUCAGCCAGAAGAUGCAGGAGCAGAAGAAUGAAGGCUGCCAGGUGUAUGGCUUCUUAGAGGUCAACAAGGUGGCUGGAAACUUCCACUUUGCUCCUGGGAAAAGCUUCCAGCAGUCCCAUGUGCACGUCCAUGACUUGCAGAGCUUUGGCCUGGACAAUAUCAACAUGACCCACUACAUCCGGCACCUGUCAUUCGGGGAAGACUACCCAGGCAUUGUGAACCCCCUAGACCGCACCAAUGUCACCGCACCCCAAGCCUCCAUGAUGUUCCAGUACUUUGUGAAGGUGGUACCUACAGUGUACAUGAAGGUAGACGGGGAGGUGCUGAGGACAAAUCAGUUCUCUGUGACCAGACACGAGAAGGUUGCCAAUGGGCUGAUGGGUGACCAGGGACUUCCCGGAGUCUUUGUGCUCUAUGAGCUCUCGCCCAUGAUGGUGAAGCUGACGGAGAAGCACAGGUCCUUCACCCACUUCCUGACUGGUGUGUGCGCUAUCAUUGGGGGCAUGUUCACAGUGGCUGGACUCAUCGAUUCACUCAUCUACCACUCGGCUCGAGCCAUCCAGAAGAAAAUUGAUCUCGGGAAAACAACGUAGCUGUCUCCUUCCCCUCUGUUGUUCCCUUUCUCUUUGGCCUUGUGGUCAUUUCCCAGCCUUCUCCCCACCCCUCCGACCCCCUCAGAGCGUCGGUCUCAGCACAGGUUGA